GUUGAUAGGCAGUGAAGAAGAAGAAGACUUGCUUGGAGAAGCAGCCGCGUUGAACCACAGCCCUGCUGUCUUCUGAAAUUUGCCUUCGAGCUCUUGCACUAUCAUGAUUGUGGUUCCAGUAUUUUACAGCGCGCUACCUGUAAACUGGCUCCGCGUCAUCGCCGCAUUCUGUCUCGUCUUCAACGGCGCCACGAUCGCCGAAUGCCUCUAUAGCCUUGUCCAAGAGCGAGACUUUCCCGUCACCCUGAAACCUUUUCCCACCUACUCGAAGGCCAUUGAUGUCAGCAUCACUCGGAUGUUUACUAUUGCUUACGUCGGUGUCUCCGCAAUGGCUAUUGGAGCGGAUUUGAUCCUAUUGCUCACCGUGAAAUCUGAACCGUACAAAGCCCUGCGUACAUUCUUCUACUGGAACAUCUUUCACUUUGGAGUCGACGUCACGGUAAUACUGAUCUUCUUCGUCGCGACCAUCACGAAGUACGACGUCAACAAGGCUUUCGUUUCCAUGCCACAAUUAAUGUUCGUUGCGACGGCAUUGCGAGAGAACGAGCAAUAUGCACUGUUUCGAGAAAGAGGACGACGACGAGUUGGUGGAAGCCUUGUGCCUGCAUUGCCCGAGAUCUGUGACCUCUCGCUGCGGUGCUCUACUCUCUGAGGGCUUCAUUAAUUGAACAAGGACGCCUCUCAGCACGCCUUACGAUUCCCCUCGUAGCCCUGACUAUAUCCGUUGUGUUUGAACCAAUUCUAUCCUUCAAAGAGACCAGUGUUCAUCUGUUCUACACAUACUCCAUGACCUGUCAAGCUCCAUCCGUUGCUAUUAAUCCGAAUUGCAACAUUGUUAUGCCCGCCAAAGGCGUUUAUUGACAAGCCAGGUAGAGUUAAACGCGACGGCCUUGAUCAGCUGUGCGCCUAUCGAGAUUCGGCUAGCGAGCUGCACGUCGUAUUUUUUCUUCACAUGUCUUGGAUGCCCCACAUAGCGUAGAGGCGUUAACCCACUACGCACGUAAGAGUGUCACGUUUGCCUCCGCGCAGAAGAAGCCCCCCCGGGCAAGUCAAAUAGGC